AUCAAAACUUGGAAUGACAACUAAAGUGGGUGACAGCUUUAAGUGAUAGGGUGUGGCUUUCUGGGGAAAGUGAAACUUAAAAAUUGCCGAGUCAGUGGCAAUCAGAGCAAAGGAGGAGAAUGAGCUAUGGCGUCUGUUUCUUGCUCAGAGGAUUUGAGUUGCUCUAUUUGUCUGACUAUCUUCACUGAUCCUGUUACUCUUCUCUGCGGCCACUCUUUCUGCAGAACAUGUAUUACAGAAAUUCUGAACUCACAGCAUCAGUGCCCACAGUGUCGGACAGGGACGUCGAUUCUCGCAGAAUCCAUUCAAACAAACCAUAUAUUGAAAAGCCUCGCUGAAAAGACUAAAGAAGCUGAGAAGAUGGAGAAAGAGCACAGAAGUGAGAGAGCAGAGGUGGAUGAGUGGUUGUGCUCUGAACACGAUGAAAAGCUGAAACUGUUCUGCGUCACAGAUCAGCAGUUAACUUGUAUCAUAUGCCGCGAUGGGGAGAGGCAUGAAGGACACAAGUUCAAACCAGUCAAAGAAGCAGCUGCAUCUCUGAGGCAGGAGAUGGAAAAGGGUAUAGAGAACCUUCCUGCUGAUAUCCAUGCCAUAGAGAGCCAAGCCAACUCACAAAGGGAAGAAAUAACAAAAACCAAGGAGGAGUCUCAUCAGCUGAUGACCCAAAUCUGCAGCCAGUUUGAGGAGAUGCACCAGUUUCUGAGGAAGAGAGAAGAUGAGAUCAAGGAAGACCUGAAACACAAAGAGGAAGACGCUGUUGAGAAAAUGAGCAGGAGAUUAAAUGCUAUAGAAACAGCUUUGUCUGAGAGCAGAGAGCUGGAGGGAAAGGUGACAUCGGUUCUGAAUAUUACCGACCCUGAGAGGUUCUUAAAGAGCUGGACUGAGAGUUACAGCAGGACUCCAGAAGAUUUAUUCAGGCCCAGAGCAGAUGAUCUCAAAGUGGUGAAUACAUCUCUCUCUCUGGGGCCUUAUGAAAGUCACCUGCAGUUCUUCAUGUGGAAGGAGAUGCUUCAGGUGAUCCAACCCCGAGAAGAAAAGCUGUCACUCAAAAGCAACAGUGCGACUAUAACUGUGUCUGAUGAUGGGAGAAGUUUGUUAUGUACCAACCAACAAACGAACCAAUAUAACUAUUAUGAAGAUUAUGAAUACAGCCAACUCUACACAUCUCAAAGACAGCGUUUCAAAAAGUCUCCCUUAAGCACAGACCAUGCAUUCAGUGUCAACGAGUUCAUCUCAGGGCAGCAUUACUGGGAAGUCGAGGUUGGACAAAGGAAGUAUUGGGAACUGGGGGUAAAAGAUAAUUUCCUAAAAUAUGAUGGCAAAAAAUAUACCACCUGCAGUCGAAAUAAAAUCACAGAGCUAACAUUUGGAGGCAGACCUCGAAAGAUUGGGAUUUACCUAAACUGCCCAUCCGAGAAGGUCUCCUUCUAUGAUGCAGACAACAUGUCACAUAUUCACACUAUGAGCUCUGAUCUCAUGCCCAUGCCGGUGUCGGCAUAUUUUAAAGUGGCAGCAGAUCCUAACCGCCUGACAGUGUGCUGCUACUGAGGUGCAGGAUGAAUAAUGAGCCAACAGGAAAUCAUUGAGCCCUGGAAUAAACAAACAAACAAACAGCCACGAUAAAUAUCAUACUGAUUGUUGUGUAACAAUAGCCAUCUUAUCUAUUUACUUUUCAUCAGAAUUUUGCUUGUUUAUCUUUUUUGUUCUCUUAAACUCAUCUUUGUUUCAAUAUAUUGUUUUAUGUUGCUAUUACUUCCCUGCAUGAGGUUUGAGCAAGCUACUGUAUAUUGUAUGAGGUGCAAUAGUAGUGAUAGUGGUGGGGGGGUUAACAAUUAAUAUAACCGUGUAACAUAAUAAACCACAAUUUACAAUAGAAGAAAGACAUGCAUUAGAUUAUAUUUUAUUGUUCCUCAGCUGGGCAGUUUUGUUAAAAUAUGGAAAAAUGUUUGCAAACUCAUGUUGUACUGAUUCAUUGAUCUAUGUAGUGUUUUGAUUUUUGGUGGUGGAUCUGCUCUGUUAUUUACAUUUCAUCUAAUCAUGUUUUGUGCCUUUUUAGCAAGAAAGUAUUGUAAGCAAAACAAAUCAAAUAAUAAACAAAACAAAGUUGUUUC